UGUGUGUGUGUGUGUGUGUGUGUAAGAGAGAGAGACAUUGGCAUUCGUUCUUAGACAUCAGGAGCUGAGUGGACUGACAGAGUGUGAUGCCACUGGAUCGUGUUCCGGCGUUCACUGCUACAGUCGCGCAUCCAGCCUGUUGUUGAGACACGGUUGUAAGCGUGAGAGUGUAUCGUGCGCGAAGCUCGAGUCGCUCACGUGAGUGUGAGAGUGCGUGUGUGCGCGAGUGUGUGUGGGCCCCCUGGCGAGGGGCUCAGCAGGUUGGGCUGGGGGGCAGUAAGGCCAGGUGGCUGUGAGCACCAUGAGCGUGCCACUGCUGAAGAUCGGAGCGGUGCUCAGCACCAUGGCCAUGGUCACUAACUGGAUGUCUCAGACGCUGCCCUCGCUCGUGGGGCUCAACGGCACCACCGUUUCCCGCGCCGGAACCUCGGAGAGGAUCGUCAGCGCCUUGUACCCGAGCCCGGAGGAAGGCUGGCAGAUCUACAGCUCAGCACAGGAUGCAGAUGGGAAAUGUAUCUGCACGGUGGUGGCUCCGGCACAGAACAUGUGUAACCGAGACCCACGCAGCCGCCAGCUCCGACAGCUCAUGGAGAAGGUCCAGAACAUUACCCAGUCUAUGGAAGUGCUGGAUUUAAGGACCUACCGGGAUUUACAGUAUGUCAGGGACACUGAGAACUUGAUGAAAACAGUGGAUGGAAAAUUGAAGACGGCUUCGGAGAACCCACGCAGCCUCAACCCCAAGAGCUUUCAGGACCUAAAGGACAAAGUGACUCAGCUGCUUCCCCUGUUGCCAGUGCUUGAGCAGUAUAAGACGGAUGCACAGAUGAUCCUGCGACUGAGAGACGAAGUGAGAAACCUCUCGCUGGUUCUCAUGGCCAUCCAGGAGGAGAUGGGAGCCUACGACUAUGAGGAGCUCCGGCAGAGAGUCCUCUUACUGGAGACACGCCUGCAUUCCUGCAUGCAGAAGCUGGGCUGUGGGAAGCUAACAGGCGUCAGUAACCCCAUCACCAUCCGCGCCUCUGGCUCUAGGUUUGGUUCCUGGAUGACGGACACCAUGAUUCCCAGCUCUGAUAACAGGGUGUGGUCAAUGGAUGGCUACUUCAAAGGCCGGCGUGUGCUCGAGUACCGCACGCUGAACGACUUCAUGAAGGGUCAGAACUUCGUUCAGCACCUCCUUCCUCACCCCUGGGCCGGAACGGGUCACGUGGUCUACAACGGUUCCCUGUACUACAACAAGUACCAGAGCAACAUCCUGAUCAAGUACCACUUCCGUUCACGCAGUGUCCUGGUGCAACGAAGUCUGAGCGGCGCCGGGUACAACAACACCUUCCCGUACUCCUGGGGUGGCUCAUCCGAUAUCGACCUGAUGGCUGACGAGAGCGGGCUGUGGGUCGUGUACACCACCAUCCCCAAUGCCGGCAACAUCGUCAUCAGCCGCCUGCAGCCUGAGAGCCUGGAAAUCCUGCAGACGUGGGACACGGGCUUUCCCAAGCGCAGUGCUGGCGAGUCUUUUAUGAUCUGCGGUACGCUCUACGUCACCAACUCGCAUCUCGCCGGCGCCAAGAUCUACUUUGCCUACUACACCAACACGUCCACCUACGAGUACACAGACAUCCCGUUCCAUAACCAGUACUCACACAUCUCCAUGAUGGACUACAACCCACGUGAGCGUGUGCUCUAUACCUGGAACAACGGCCACCAGGUGCUUUACAACGUCACGCUGUUCCAGGUCAUCAAGACCUCCGGGGACUGACGCUGUCACUUACACACAUACACAAACACAUACAAAACUCCACACACCUGUGCAUUAAGUAUUUCCCAUCCAAGUGUAUAUACAUAUAAACUGAUAAGGACAUGACCAUGACUGAAGCUUAGACUUUUCUUUUUUCUUUACUUUUCUUUUUUUUUUUUUUUUUUUUUUUAACAUUUCAAUCUCCAUAGAGUGCUAUUAUUAUUCACAUAUGUACUGAGAAAAGCCCACGGGCAGCAAGGUCGAUGCGAUAUACAGACUUUUUUUUUUUUGUGACAAGUGAGCAUGACACGUUUUGAUUUGUGGCCAAAAAAAAAGAAUAAACGUCUACCUUUACCAUUUCA